GUACCCAUCAAUUUCUCUAAACAGAGUACACACUAUUUUAUUUUUCGACUUCAAUUCAACCACCCAUUGUGUUAUUUUUAUCGUGUUGUUUGUUUCGAGAUAAAUAAUUGUUCGAGCUAGUCCAGUUGUUUGUGUUCGUCUUAAAAAAUAAGUAUUUUCAUUGCUACCUAUCAGGAAAUGUUAUUGUGCUGAAUUUUUUAACCUCCAAAAUGGGUGUGAUAGACUGGGCGGGGGCGAAUAAAUUGCUCUUGUGUUUCGCUUCAGCGAGUAUAAUAUUUUUCAUUUGGACUGUGGCUCUGCAAUCGUUCAAUCUAAGUUUGAAGGAUGAUUUGGAAGAACUGAGACUGGAGCAUGAAAGGUUGCUUCAGAGCUCCAUCAGUACCACUCCGGCUGGCCCAGGGAUUUUCUACAGGACCACGCCCCGCGACAUGUCCAUGCACCGUCUACCGGAUGUCGCCAGACCCGAACAUUACGACCUCUAUCUAUAUCCAAACCUGGAAAAUGGAACCUUCACCGGAAAGGUCAACAUAACCGUCAAAUUGAAGGACACUGGCGUCAUCACCUUGCAUAGCAAGAAUCUGACCAUCAAGAGCGUCAAAAGUGAUCAAGCUCCAGUCAAUUUCUAUCUUUAUAUCGACUAUGAGUUGCUGCUGAUCCAGAGAGAUGAUGAGAAGCCGUUCCACAAUGGAACCUCUUCAUUAGAGAUCGAGUUCGAGGGCACCAUGAAAAACAAGCUGGUGGGGUUGUAUAAGAGCACUUACAAGGGAAAAAAGGGAUUGAGAACGAUCGCAACCUCAAAGUUUGAACCCACCUAUGCAAGGGAAGCCUUUCCAUGUUUCGAUGAACCAAGUAUGAAGGCAACGUUUACAGUCCAUUUGUGGAAACCGAAUGACCCUGAUUAUAUAGCUCUCAGUAACAAUCCACAGGACAGUGAGGAAGACUUGAACGACGGCAAACUUGUCCACUUCAAAGAAACCGUAAAGAUGUCAACGUAUCUCGUAUGUUUCAUCGUUUGCGACUUCAACUACACCGAAACCUUCUUUGAGAACAACGGCACCAAUGUACCUUUCAGGGUAUACGCUACACCACAACAACUGGAGAAGACGACCUACGCUGGUACUGUAGGAAAGAAGACUAUAGAGUUUUACAUAAAAUACUUCGAUAUAUCUUACCCCCUUCCUAAGUUAGACAUGAUCGCCAUCCCCGACUUCAGCUCAGGUGCCAUGGAGCAUUGGGGAUUGGUCACAUACAGGGAAACCGCACUUUUGUAUACACCAAAAGAUCACUCUUCAGAGAAUAAGCAGAGAGUUUUGGUGGUCGUUGCACAUGAGUUGGCUCACAGUUGGUUCGGUAAUUUGGUUACCAUGAACUGGUGGGACAACCUCUGGCUCAACGAAGGUUUCGCUUCUUACAUUGAAUACAAAGGAGGAGAUGCAGCUGAACCAACUUUCGGUCUGUUGGACCAAUUCUUAGUGAGGGAACUUCAUCCCGUUCUGAAUUUGGAUGCGAAAAUCAGCUCCCACCCGAUCAUACAGAACGUCGGCACCCCAGACCAGAUAACCGAAGUAUUCGACACAAUUUCUUACAAUAAGGGUGCCUGUGUGCUGAGGAUGCUCGAACAGACAGUUGGUGAGGAAAACUUCAGGAAGGCCGUGACGAACUAUCUGAAGGCGCAUGAAUACGACAACGCCGUGACCAAACAUCUUUGGUACGAGAUACAAAAAGUUGUCGGGGAGUCUAUAGAUGUUCGUGAUUUCAUGGAUACUUUCACGAAGCAGAUGGGCUACCCGAUACUGAACGUUACUGUUGAAGGGGACAAGUACAUCCUGAACCAAACAAGGUUCUUGGCCAAUCCCGAUGAUGCCGACAAGCAGAAACCUUCACCUUUCAAUUACACUUGGACAGUGCCUAUAACAUACAUAACGGAUAAAGGGAAGUCAGAAGAAAUAAUUUGGUUAAAUAAAACAAGCAAAAAUGUUACGAUAGAGAGGCCAAAGGACGCGAAAUGGUUCAAGUUCAACCCAGGCCAAACUGGUUACUACAGGGUUAACUACCCGGAAGAAAUAUGGAAGGAACUGGGGCAACAUAUGCUGGAACUGCCGGUAUCGGACAGAACUCAUCUUCUAGAAGAAGCCUUCAGUAUAGCAAGUUCUGGUCAGUUGAGCUAUGAGAUUCCCCUGGAGCUCACCAAAUAUCUCAAAGACGAGACUAACUAUACGCCCUGGGAGGUAGCUUCGUCUAAGUUACUUGAGCUUCUGAAGCUGCUGAAGUCGUCCAGGAAAGAACAAGAGUUGAAGCAUUACGUCAUCAAGAUCCUGAAUCCAAUAUACAAAAACCUGUCUUGGAUUAUCGGCAAAGAUGACUCUCAUCUGAAAAAGUUGACCCGUGUGUUGGUGUUGAAGCUAGCCUGUGAGAUUGAAUACGACGCAGCGCUCAAGGACGCGGCAAAUCAAUUGGACAUUUGGUUCACUACCAGAUCAGCAUCACCAGAUUUAAGAGAAAUCAUCUAUAAAUAUGGUAUGAAGAAUGCUGACCUGGAUAAGUGGGAAAAGUUGUUCAAGAUUUUCCAAGAGGAAUCUGAUGCUAAUGAAAAGCUGAAGCUUCUGAGAGGAUUGACUGCUGUGAACAACCCUACUCUUUUAUAUAGAUUACUUGAUCUAGGCAAAGAUGAAACAUAUAUAAGAUCGCAAGAUUAUAUCAAUUUUAUCAUUAUGAUGUCGAGGAAUCCUAUUGGAGUACCCAUAGUAUGGGAUUAUGUCAGGGAAAACUGGGACGUUUUCAUCAAACGUUUCACGUUGAACAGCAGAUAUUUAGGGGAGAUGAUACCAGCCGUCACAUCCAGAUUCUCCACCAAAAUCAAGUUGUCAGAGAUGCAAUCAUUUUUCAAAGCCUACCCAGAAGGGGGAGCAGGUACAGCAGCCCGAGAGAGAGCAUUGGAAAACGUCAAGAAUAACAUUGUAUGGUUAUCAAAGUACAAAGACACGGUUGAAAAAUGGAUAUCGGCAAAUAGUUCCUAGAAAAAUUUUGUAUAUAUUUGUAAAUUAAAUAUUUCUACCUUUUA